AUUAAAUCUAAUGGAUGCAAAAGAAGAUAAUGGAAAAUUUAAAAUUGAUGAUGCUUUGGAAAUUGCCACCUUUGGAAUUUUCCAUUACUUUCUCAUUCUCAUAUGCGGUUUACUCAUGUCAGCAAUAUUCUGUGAGAUAAUGUCAGUGAAUUUUUCGCUUCCUGUCGCCGAAUGUGAUUUAAGUAUAACAUCAAAAUCACAGUAUGGAAUUGUAUCGGGUAGUUGGUUCGCUGGUAUGAUACUGACAGCGUAUUUGUGGGGACUUUUGUCGGAUUUAUAUGGACGUAGGAAUAUUCUGACCGUAACUCCAAUAAUUGGAUUUAUGACGGCAGUUGCAUCGAGCUUUUCAACUCAUUAUUUGAUGUUGGCAGUAUUUAGAUUUUUCAAUGGAAUUUGUAUGUCUAGUGCAGGUGCUGUAGUUUUUGCCUAUCUUGGAGAAUUUUUAACAACAAGAAAUCGAUCGAGGUCAAUAAUGAUUGCAUCUAUAAUUUUUGGCAUCAUUUCUACAGCAUUUCCUAUCUCUGCUUAUUUUAUCAUCAAUCAAAAUUGGAAGCUUCAUAUAGAAUUUUUGAAUAUUAUUUAUAAACCUUGGAGACUAUUUGUUUUGAUGUGUGGACUUCCAAGCCUGAUUUGUGGAAUUGCAUUUAUAUUUCUUCCUGAAAGUCCAAAGUUCUGCUUUUCUAAGGGUCAGACACAAAGAUCCCUGAAAAUCCUCAAUCAAAUUUAUUUCAUGAACACAAGAAAAUCCGAUUUUAAAGUAAAAGACAUUCAACUCGAGGACGAGUUCAUUCAAGCAUCAUCAAAUCCAAAAGGAGUACUUCGUAUGAUGCUUCAUAACACUUUACAGAUGCUUAAGAAUUAUCCAAGGUCAUUUUGGCUCCUCUCAAUCAUUCAAUUUGGAACUUUUUAUGUUUGUCAUGGAUUGCUUCUCUUCUUUCCUGACAUUCUACAUGAAGUCUCUCAAUUUUCCGAGUCAUCAAGUAGUUUACAGCUGUGCGACGUUGUGGAUAAAGUCAUUGCCCAUAAAACCAAUUUAUCGUCAAAUUUUAUUGAAGUUUGUGUGGAUGAGCUGGACAUUUCAGCAUAUACUUAUGUAACAAUCCUCCAGUCAUGCUUUUUGGUGGGCUUCCUCGUCAUCAGCUUUACCGUAAAUUACAUUGGACGUUUUCCAAUUCUCAUAUUCAUCUUCCUGACAACUGGAUUGUGUGGAAUUUUAAUUGCCUUCAUAAAAAAUGCAACUGUUGCAACAUAUUUAUAUUUAUGGCUACUCGUUAGUGGAGUUAAUAGUAAUUUACUCAAUACAGUCAGCUAUGAUCUCUUUCCAACAAAUCUCCGAUCAAUGGCUAUAUCGACAACAAUGUUGUUUGGUAGAUUGGGUGGAUUAGCUGGUGGAAAUGUUGCGAGUAUAUUGUUGGAAAAAUCAUGCAAUUGGACGUUUGGGAUUGGUGGAAUUUUAUUGGUGCUUUGUGGAGUUUUGGUUAUAUUUAUUCCAAAUAUUUUUAGAAGGAAAGAACCAGUAUGAAGUUAAGUGUGUAGUUAUUGUAAUUUGUGAUGUUUAUCUAAAACUAAGGUCAAUCUGCUUAAAGCUUAGAAUCUCUUUACUUUAUUACAAAUUUAUGGACACUAUGUUUGAGCUGUACGUCAC